AUGAGUGAUGAUUCUGGUCUAGAGAGUGGCGGCUAUGACUGGAAUACUGAUGAUGAGCUUGAGAUUGAAAGCUUUCAUUCGUCCUGUACAACUGUUCCCUAUGGACAGACUUCUGGGUCUCGGUCUCUAGAGGAAAACUCAUUUGCAGCAGGUCCAUCUAAUACCAAGGUGUUUGACGCUUUGAUUAAUAUGGGAUUUCGUCCUGAAAUGGUUGCCAAAGUAAUUCAGGAAUAUGGUGAGGAAAAUGAACAUAAACUAGUUGAAGAGCUUCUCACAUACCAAGAGCUAGAACGUUCUUCUCAGCAGCAACAGCAAGUUGAACAAGAUCCCACCUCUUCAGAGUAUGCAGCGAGCUCCUGGGAUGAUUCAUCAGAUGAAGAUGAGUUAACGGAUGAAGAAAUACGAAUAUCUCUUUCUAAGAAUGAUGAUACAUUACUAUCCCUGGUAAAAAUGGGAUUCAAUGAGGAGGAGGCUUUAAUGGCUGUAGAAAGAUUAGGUCCUAACUCCUCACUUGAAGAGCUGGUGGAUUUUAUCAGUGUUGCUCAACUGGUAAAAUCUGAAGAUGCCCUUCUGCCUCCUGAAGAUAAGCCACAAUGCAACGGGCAUGCAAAACCAAGAAAGCGGAGUCUUUAUGAAUAUGAAGUGCUGGGGAGAAAAAAGCAAAAGGUCUUUGAGAAGAGAAGAUGUGAGGAAGAUGAUGAGGCCCAGGCCAUUCAUCUUCCCAAACCAAUGGUGGGGUUUGGGAUUCCCACAGAUCCAAACUCCAUUAUUACACAUAGGAGACUGCCUCACGAUGCUAGCGGUCCCCCUUACUUCUAUUACGAGAAUGUGGCGUUGACCCCGAAAGGUGUUUGGCAGACCAUUUCUAGGUUCUUGUAUGACGUGGAGCCGGAGUAUGUAGACUCAAAAUAUUUUUGUGCUGCAGCCAGGAAAAGGGGAUAUAUUCAUAAUCUCCCCAUUGCGAAUAGAUUUCCUCUUUUACCUCUUCCAGCUCGCACAAUACAGGAUGCAUUCCCCCUAUUGAAGAAAUGGUGGCCGUCAUGGGAUCCCAGAACCAAGCUGAAUUGUCUGCAAACGGUACACGGCAGUGCAAAACUGACUCAGAGAAUCAGGGCAGCGGUAGAACAAUUACAGGAUUUUGACGAUCCUCCUGAAAAUGUCAAGAAGUAUGUUUUGGAACAAUGUCGGAAAUGGAAUUUAGUCUGGGUAGGAAAGAAUAAAGUUGCCCCCCUAGAGCCCGACGAAGUGGAAGUACUGUUGGGCUUCCCUAAAUAUCACACAAGAGGUGGUGGGAUUAGUAGGACUGAAAGAUUCAAGUCACUUGGAAAUUCUUUCCAGGUUGACACAGUGGCAUAUCACCUAUCUGUUCUGAAGGAAAUGUUUCCUGAUGGGAUCAAUGUUCUCUCUCUUUUUUCUGGAAUUGGUGGUGCAGAGGUAGCUCUCCAUAGACUUAAUGUCCCUCUAAACAAUGUAGUGUCCGUUGAAAAAUCUCAAGUGAAUAGGGACAUUGUUAGAAGUUGGUGGGAGCAAACUAAUCAAAAAGGUAAUUUGAUUGAUAUGGAUGAUGUGCAACAGCUAGAUGCUGAUCGUUUGGAGCAGCUGAUGAGCAGAUUUGGUGCUUUUGAUCUCAUUGUUGGUGGGAGUCCAUGUAAUAACCUGGCUGGAAGCAACAGGGUAAACCGGAUUGGACUCGAAGGCGCAGAAUCGGCCCUCUUUUAUGAUUACUUUCGAAUCUUAGACCUGGUGAAAGGUAUGACGCCAAGAUUUCAACGAAAUGGUCUAUAG